AUGGCGGCCGAGAACGACAUUCCCGACCUGACGGGGGCGGGCGAUCUCCCCCAGGACAAGGAGGACAACGGCGCGGUCCCUGGCCUGGAGCAGGCGAUUCCCCAGGUCGCUCCCGCGGCGAACGAAGCCGACGCGCAGCCCCAGGCAGCGCUCGGGGCUCCGAAAGAGGACGCGAAGAAAGAAGAAGACCGCGAGGGCGGACGCGAUAGGCGGUCGAGGGAGCGGGACGACCGGCGGCGCGACGACCGCGAGCGGCCUGCGCGGGGAUCGCGAGGGGGCCGCGACCGUGGGAGGCGGGGCAGCCCUGGAGCGGGCGGUGGCGCGCUGGGGCCGCACGUGCAGCCGGGCACGAAGAGCGCGAACUACGUACCCGGCAAGAUGUCCCUGGAGGGGCUUGCCACCGGCACUACGGAAGAGGAGGUCAAGCAGCUCUGCGAGCUCUUCGGGGCCAUCAAGGACAUCGAGAUGGCGCCCACGAAGGACUCGUGCGUCGUCACGUUCGAGAACCCGAAGCAUGCCAUUGACCUGAUUUCCGCCAAACAGAGGGGGAGUCUCACCCUGCGCAACGUGGAGCUGACGGUGCGCGCAAAAGUCCCCCAGGGGUCUGGGCAGAACAACAACUCCCGGAAGAUCUUCGUGGGCGGGCUCCCGCGGUCCGUCACGGACCAGACCCUGCGCGAGUCCUUCGAGGUUUUCGGCGAGAUCACCGACUGCAUCGUGAUGACGUCGCGGAAGGACGGCCUCAGCCGCGGCUUUGGGUUUGUCACGUUUUCGGACCCGCUCGACGUGGACAAGACGCUCGUCUCGCCGCACGAGGUCGACGGACAGGUGGUCGACGUCAAGCGCACCGUUCCGCGCGACGACCCCGCGCUGGCGCGGCAGCCCCGCGAUCGACCCGGGUUUGGGCGCGCACGCGGCGGGCCGCGCGGUGGACGCGGGGGGCCGCGGUACGGGCCUCCGCCCGGCAUGGUGAUGAUGCCCGCGGCCCAGGUGCAGCAGCAGAUGGCGGCGUACGGCGGGAUGGGCUACGGGGGGGGGUAUGGUGGCGGGUACGGGGGGUAUAACGGCGGCCGGGGAGGCGGUGGCUACGGGGGCGGGCGUGGCGGCGGGGGAGGCUACGGAGGAGGCUACGGGGGCGGCGCGGGGUACGGUGGCGGGUACGGCGACGCGUACGACGCGUACGGCGGGGAGCAGCAGGCGUAUGGGGGCGCCGAGCAGGCGUAUGGGGGGGGUUACGGGGCCGGCGGGUAUGACGGAGGGUACGGGGACGACUAUGGCGGUGGGUACGACGGGGGCUACGAUGGGGGGUACGGGGGCGGGUACGGUGGCGCGUACGAUGCAGCGGCAGGGGGGGGGUAUGGUGGAUAUGGAGGGGGGGGGUAUGGGGGGUCCUACGGCGGUGGGUACGAGGGCGGAGGUGGUGGCGGAGGUGGCGGCGGGCGCGGGCCGCGCGGGGGCGGCGGCGGCGGCGCUGGGGGCAUGCGGCGUUACACACCAUACUAG